AUGAAGAUGAUAAGCUAUAAUCAUAUUCCAAAAUCAAGUAUUUUAAUUGUGCACCAUGAGAUAUCUACCCUUACGUUUUGCAAGCCUCUAACACCAGCUAUACUGAUUUCAAAUCAAUACCAGAAGAGAAUCAAUUUCAUCACGAAAUUACAAUGUUCUGUUUCCAGUAGACCAUAUGCAUCAAACUCAUUAGACUCCAAAUCAAAAUCAGACUCUGUUCGUAUGAACCGAAAACAAGGAGGAUCCUCAUCAAUAUACAGCCGUGCCAGCUUACUAGAAACGAAGAAAGAAAGGAUUGCAAAUCCAGCACGUGUUUAUGAUUUCUUAAAAAGUAUCGGUAUAGAACCAGAUGAGCUUGAUGGGUUGGAGCUUCCUGUAACAGUUGAUGUCAUGAAAGAACGUGUUGAUUUUCUUCACACAUUAGGGUUAACAAUCGAAGACAUAAACAAUUACCCUCUUGUCCUUGGUUGCAGUGUCAAGAAAAACAUGAUCCCAGUCCUUGAUUAUUUAGGUAAGUUGGGUGUUAGGCGAUCUACUUUGACAGAUUUCUUGAGAAGAUACCCUCAAGUUCUUCACGCCAGUGUUGUGGUAGACCUUGCACCUGUUGUUAAAUAUCUAGAAGGCAUGGACAUCAAACCAAAUGACAUUCCUAGAGUUCUUGAAAAGUAUCCGGAAGUUUUGGGGUAUAAACUUGAAGGGACAAUGAGCACAUCUGUAGCUUAUUUGGUGGGAAUUGGAGUUGCAAGAAGAUAA